AAAGGGGAAGGAUAGAUAGAAAGGUAAGGCAAGACGUUUUUUAAGUAACAUAUUAUGACAGAAAUUCAGGAAACCCAACUCUUGAGAGCGACCAACUGACGCAGCAAUCAGACAGACCUGAAAUAACCAGCUGGAGUUUAAUAAUCUGACGGAAGAUCUCAUCAUCCAACAGCAACAUAAUGAAGAGCUUUCUUCUACUCAUCCUCUCACUGAUGAUAACAGGCUGGGAGGCCUCAUCGGAUGUGAAGGGAUGCACAGGCAGAUGGGUGGAAUUCAUCUGCCAGCAUAAAACAAUUAAACAAUAUCAAAGAUCUGUAGUUGAAGGCAGCCAAAAAAUCAUACGAAGCACUCAAAAGAAUGUGUGGCAGACCAGAAAGCACAAAGUGGUCAACAAACCACAUCAACAUGGGGAAUCUGGGAAGUACAAGUGUACAUUUAUAUUUGACCAAAAAUCUGAAAGUGAUGAAGUGGACUUGAAAGUUGAUGACGGCUGUCAGACACCAUUUAAUCAAACUGCAUACAGAACAGUUAAAACCACCAUCUCAUGUAACAAAAGAAACUCCAGAGUCAUGUUUUUCUGCAAAGAGAAGGGUUCAAUCUGUGAGGAUAUUUUAUCAACAAAAUCUUCUCUGAAGACAAACGGGUCCUUCACUCUCACAGAGACCAGCAGUAGCUUCAACAUGUCCAUCAGUAAUGUGUCCUCACAGCAUGCUGGUGUCUACUGGUGUGGAGUGGAAACAGAUAAAGGUUACCGAGCUGCACUCAGAAAAAUACAACUGGAGGUUGAAGAUACUAUUACUAGCUUCACCAAGUCUCCAACUGUUGGACAGAAUCUCACAUACUGGUGUGAAUAUCCAGAGGGUACUCCGAUAAAAAAAUUUAUCUGUAAAGGAGAAGAUCCAUCUAUAUGUAAACAGAUAGUAAGCACGCAACAGAGCAACGCUGGAAAGUUUUCUAUGAUGGAGGACAGAGACAAGAGACGUAGCACCAUAACAGUGAGAAACGUAACAACAGAAGACUCUGGGACAUACUGGUGUGGAGCAGAAAGAAAUGACCCAAAACAGAGCAACCCAUUCUUCCACAAACUUGUGAUGACUGUCGUGCCUCCAACAACAUUGAACUCCUCUACUAUCUCAACAUCACCUCAUCCAGUUCCUACAUCUGCUUCUUCCACCCAGUCGACCACUGCAUCUGCCCACAGCGAUGGUCCUCCAACUACAUCAAGUCCUGGGGCCUCCUCGUUACCUGGAACCAUACCUGUGGUCGUCUGUGUGGCUGUGCUGCUGGUGCUGCUCAUUUUGGUUCUCGUCUGGAAACGAUUUCAGCGUUCAAAAGACACAAGAAAUAGAGAACAGAACAAUGAGGAUGGUGUCUAUGAGGAGAUACAGGAGCGCCCCCAGAAGCCAGACUCAGGAACUGCACUCAGCACUAUUUAUGUCACAGCCAACACUCCCACAAACCCCUCUGCCUCGCAGCAUUACUCCACGGUCAACUUUCCCAACAGCUCUGGAGAAGCUAGUGGUGACACAUAUUCUACUGUGUGGGACGGCGGCCAUAGUCCCGCCCACUCUGCUGUCAAUCAUCCAUCCAGACUUCCUGAAGACCCUUUCUAUUCUACUGUCAACAACCCACAGCAGCACUGAGACCAGUCCUGACACUCUCACUUCAGUUUAAAAUUUAGUCACAUGGUUUCUGCACUGAUACACACCAAGUUACCAGUUCUGUCAGGUCCAUUAAGACAAGAACAACACAGACAAUAAAAAUGCUUUAGAAAAUGUUAUUGAAUAAAUUACAAAUUAAAUUUGGCGGUAUGGCUCUGUUCAGAAGAGUCCCUUGACCGUUCAUGAGCACCAUGAAAGAGCAGCGUCAGGGGACAGCAGCAGCAGCAGCAGCAUUAGGGGAUGCUCACUCAGUUUAAGACUGGGAGAGCUAAACUAUUCCCCCAUUGAACAGAGCAGCAACGAUGACAUAGAAGCAAAUGCCACGUUAUACACAACAAGGUGGAGCAGGGGAGGAGGUGGGUAGCAUUGAUACAAGCAGCAAGCAGUUAGAAGCACAUUAAAGCCGCUUUAAGUAGGGCGCCCUGUUUGAAUGUAGCCAUUUAGCAGCGAGGGGAGUUGACCAGCUGAUGCGCUGAUGCAGAUCAGCUGUGCAGCUCAGCUGAUGCAGCUCAGCUGAUGACCAUGUAUUGGCCAAUAGCGGUUUAGCAGCGUCUUGACUACAUGGCCUGCCAGAACUGACGCAACGCUCAAUUUCUUCAACCAGCACUGCAGUUCAAUACGACAUGUCCAACUACCACCUCAAUAAGGACCACACAACUCAAUCAACAUCUGAAUUACAGUAAAGGCAAAAACAUGGAUCUUAGUUGUCGAGUCCAACCUCCACUGUUAAACGCUAACAUGCUUCAACUUUACCUGUUUAAUUGUACCACAUUGAUGAGUAAUAUUACUGAAUGCUACAAGAACAUUGUGAAUCAUAUUUCAGUUUAAUGUAACCACAGUGGUUACAUCACAAAUUUGCUCUUUUACUGCUGCUGGUUUUGAAUGUCCUUUUCAGCCUGUAUGCAACAACAAACCCUCAGCCCUCACACAAAUAUGUCUCAGACUGGUUUAAUGUAUAUAUGGUUUCAAUUCUUGUAUUUAUUGUGCAAUAUGUUAUGCAAUAUCUAUUUGUUUCUUCUUUUUGAAAACCUUCCCUUUUUUUUAACCAACAUAAUGCAUUUGGACAUGUUGACACUUUUGUUUUCUUUUCAACAUUGUAUUUGAUUUACAUGAAAUGCUUAAAUAGUGGUAAUAAACAAGAUUUACUUUUAA